AUACAUUUAAUAAAUUAAAUUCACAAAUUCGAUUGAGUGCAAAUAAAAAUAUUACCGAUAAAUUGAUACAUUCGAAAAAGGAAAUAUCGUUCGAUUUUCGAACAAGUUAUCCAAAUGGAAUGUUAUUCUAUGAAAGUUAUUAUCUUUUGAAUGAUCAAAAAAAUGCAAUUUUUGAAUUAUUUUUAACAAUACAAAAUGGUAGAUUUAAAGUAUUGAUCGUAAAUGUUGAUGAUUCAAAUCAAUCAUUAAAUCAACAAUCACCGCCACAAGAAUUAAUUAUUGGCCAUAGUUUUCAUCAUGAUAAUCUACAUACAGUGAAAAUAUUUAUGAAUCUUGAAUUAGGUUUUUUUAAUGUUCGAAUAAAUUCAACAAACACUACGACCACCAAUAAUAAGUAUUAUAAAUCACUUUAUUUCAAUGCUACCGUCAUCAAACCACAAUAUGAUAAACGUUUAAAUUUUCAAUUGAUUCUUGGUAGCCAUUCAUUUGAACCGAAAUUAUCAACAACAUCAAGAAGUGGUAGUUCAUGGAAUAUACGAAAAUUUAUCGGCUGUAUUGGAAAUGUUAAUAUUAUUUCACGUUCCAGUGUUAAUAAUUUUGAUACAUUAUCAUCAAGUGAAUUGAAUUUUAUCAACAUUACCGAUGGUUGUGUGGAUCAAUGUCAAAAAAAUUUAUGUUCAAGACGUUCACGUUGUAUGAAUUUUUAUGAUACAAAAAAAUGUAAUUGUUUCGGAACGGAAUUGGAAGAUUCAGAUUGUCGUAGUUUUAAUUAUACUGUUAUGACAUUUCGUGGUUAUUCAUCCUUGUCAUAUAAAAUUUAUUCAUUUAUUGAUAAAUAUUAUUCCGAUGAUAAUCUUAUAAGUUUACAUUUGAAAACUCGUCAUAAUGGAUUAUUAUUUUUGGCCAUAUCGGAAAUCGAAAAAAGUUAUCUAAUUAUAAAUAUCAAAAAUGAAUUUUUAAAUCUAUUAUUCGAUUUAGGUAAUAAUAAUCCAAAAAAUUAUAUUUUUAAUAAUUAUCGUUUGACGGAUAAUGAAUGGCAUAAUAUUACCGUACAUCAUUUGAUGAGAAAAAUUCAUGUUUAUAUUGAUAAUAUCAACAUACAAAUAAUCACUUUGGAUUCGAUUGAACCAUAUUUCUAUUUCGAUCCUGAAGUAUAUGUAGGUGGUUUUCCUUCUAAUCUUAAUGUUUCACAAUUGGAUCUGCCAUUCUAUUUGGCAAACAAAAAAUUUGUUGGUUGUUUAAAACAUCUGUAUUUUAAUCAUCAUAAUAUACUAUAUGAUUUGAAUAUGAAUUCAAAAAAAGCAAGAUAUUUUAGUCAAUUACCCAGAGAAUUUGGUUGUCAUCAAAUCGAUUCAAUACCAAUGACAUUUUAUAGCCGUUCUUAUUUUAAAACACGAUUGAAUCAAACAUCAUCAACAACAUCGAAAUCAUUUUCAAUAAAAUUUCAAUUCAAAACAUUUGUUGAUAAAUUCAGUUUGGUAAAAGGUAAAUUUAAUACAGUGAUGAAUUCUGGAACGAAAAAAUGGUCAUUAUCCGUACGAAAUGAAGAUGUUAAAUUGAUUAUUGAAGACGAUGACGACGACGACGAUACUUUAGCAACAAAACAAAAUAAACUAAAAUGGACAUUAAGUAAUGAUAAUUCAUUGAAUAUAACCGAAUGGAAUUCUAUUGAUAUAAUAUUUAAAAAUAAUGGUCUUAUCGAAAUGAUUGUCAAUCUAAUUGAUGUUAAAGGUCGUUAUGAUUCAUCGGUAGAUUUUUUUCAUGAAGAUAUUCUAUUUGGUUCGUUUGAUGAUCAAUCCAAAUUUAUUGGUUGUGUCCGGGAGCUGAUUAUCAAUGAAAAUCAUAUUGAACCAAGAACAUUGCGUGAACAAACAUCGCAAAUUUUCGGUAAAAUUUCAUUGGAUAAUUGUCAAUUAGUUAAUCCAUGUCAUCGACCAAAAGCAUGUGAACAUGAUGGUCGUUGUAUUGCUACAUUACCAUAUAAUAAUGGAACAUAUUCAUGUGAUUGUUCAAAUACUGGUUAUAUUGGUCGUACUUGUCAUUUUUCAUUAUAUCGAAAAAGUUGUGAAGAAAUUUAUUUGAUGGAUAAACAAACAUCAGGUAUUUAUAUGAUUGAUUUAGAUCGUAAUGGACCAACACAACCGGCUCAUGUUUAUUGUGAUAUUUCUGCAACGACGACCGCAAUGAAUGGAUCGAAUAAUAAAACAACAACGACAACGAUGAUCAAUACGGUUAUUGAACAUAAUAUUCAACAUCAAGUGAUCGUACGAGAAAAAGGACAACAAAAUAAUCAAUAUAUGGAUGUAUAUUAUCGUGAUUUCAGCCGGGAAAUGUUACGUUUAUUUGUUCAACGUUCUGAUCAAUGUAAACAAUAUAUUCGUUAUGAAUGUAAUAAUGUUCCAUUAAGUUUAUCAACAUAUACAAUAUUGUAUGCUAUAAAACCGGAACAUAAAUUACUGCGGUUAGAUAGUAGUAAACAACGUGGUUGUAGUUGUAGUUCGGAAAAUCGUCGUGAAAAUAAAUGUAUUGAUCCAAGUUUAGAUUGUAAUUGUGAUUCGGUUGAUAUACCCGGAUGGAAAAAUGAUGAUGGAUAUUUGACGGAUAAAAAUGAUGUUGGUAUAACCAGAAUGUUUUUUCUACGAUUUCCAAAUUCAAGUUUGGAUUCGGAAGCACAUCUUUUCCUUGGAAAUCUUUCCUGUCAAGAUUUAGAUACCCAGAAAUAUGAAAUAACAUUCAAGACAAAAGAAUCAUAUUUGGAAGUUCCUGGUUGGAAUGGACGGGAAAUGGCCAUAAGUUUCAAGACGACAGCCAACAGAGCAGUUAUAUUUUUUCAAUCACAUUUGGAAACAACGACAACAUAUUUCAAAGCGACAAUUAUUAGUGAAAAAGAAAUUAGUUUUGAAUAUUGUUUACGAAAUCGAAAAUUUAAUGUAACCGUUGCGUCAAGUCGAUGUUUGAAUUGUGGUCAAUGGCAAUAUGUUUUGGUCGAACGUGAUGAUACACAAAUGAGAGUUUCGAUAAAUCAAAAUUUUAAAAUACUAUAUCUAAAUGAAAAUGAUCAUUUUAUUGAUUUUGAUGGAAAACUGUAUGUUGGUGGUGCACCAAUCAGAUAUCUUCGUGGUUUGAAAAUUACACUCGGUUUUAUUGGAUGUUUACGUGGACUGGUACUUGAUGAUACGAUUGUUAAUCUUCAUCAAUAUCUUAGUGCAACUAGAUAUCCAAAUAUUGAAUCCGGUUGUCGUCCAUAUUGUCGACCAAAUUUAUGUCAAAAUCAGGCAAUCUGCGUAGAACUAUGGGGUUCAUAUCAAUGUCGUUGUGCAAAUCCGAUUGCACAUAGUGGUCGAAAUUGUGAAAUUAAUAUCAAUGAAAAUGCUAUUACGUUGAAAUCACCGACAUAUCUUCGAAAAGAAUUUUCCACUGAUCAAAUCAAAACCAUACUAAAGCAAGAUAUUGUUUUAAGUUUUCGUACACAUGAAUCAUAUGCAUUAUUGCUAUUUAUACAUGAUGGCAAUCGAAAUUUUUUACAAAUUCAUAUUGCUGAUGGUCGUAUGGUUAUUCUAUCAUAUAAUUAUCAUCAAAAAAUUAUUGUUCGUAAAAUUGAUAUCGGUAGAACAUUAACAAAUGGACAACCAGUUCAAAUCCAGAUUGCACGUCAUUCAAAUCAUACUGUAUUUACUGUGAAUAAAAAAAAUCUAAUCAUACCAUUAAUGAUGCAAUUGGUAAUGAAAGAUAAUCGUGAAUCAAUACAUAUCGAUUCAUCAUCGAUGAUUGAAAAUGAAAAUGAUCAAUUGAUUGAAUUCAAACCUGAAGUGGUGAUUGGUAAAAAUCAGAUAUUUAUCGGCGGUAUUCCGGAUGCGGAUACCGAGCUAAUAAAUUCGAUUCCAGGCUUUGUUGGUUGUAUACAAGGUUUCCGGAUUGGUGAUCGACUUUUUGAUUUGGAACAAUGGGCCACCGAAAUCCACCAACAAGAACAAAAUCAAACCGAUAGAGCUGAUAGGAUCAAAAUAGGAUGUAAAAUGCUUUGUGAUAAUAUCCCUUGUAAUAAUGGUGGUAGUUGUACAGAAAAUUGGCAACAAGAAACAUUUAAUUGUGAUUGUAAUUAUACAUCAUAUCGUGGUGAAAAAUGUGAUAUCGAUAUUGGUGCACAUUUUGAAAAACCCGGUUCAAAUGUUAUUUAUUAUCUUGAUAAGAAAAUUUGGGAUUUUAAUCAUAUUGAUAUUUCAUUUGCAUUUUCAUCAUCAUCAUCGACAAACACAGAUGAAGGAGCAACAUUAUUUAUGAUUCGUUAUGCAAAUAGUACACGAUUUUUACAUUUAGCUCUGUUUCCUAAUGGUAAAAUGUUUGUUGAAGAAGAUGAUGGACAUGAAAUUUAUUCAAAAAUCAUUGAAAGUGAAGAGGAUAAUUUUUCCGAUUCAUAUCGUCAUUGGGUUCGUUAUCAACGUGAUGAUAAAUCAGCACAGAUUAUUGUGGACAGCAUAAUAUUUUUAAUGGAUGAACAUUAUAAAGAAUAUGAAAAACUUGUGCCAAACACAGAUGAAAAUAUUAUUGUUAUUGGUUCUAGUCGUAUAAAUCAACAGAAUUUUAGUUCAUUACCUAGUUUUCGUGGUUGUAUAUCAAACAUCAACAUUAUAUUGGAUGACCUAAAAAUCGAUCCAUUUGAAUCGGCAUUUGGUAUACGAUCCGGUUUAAGUGAUGUAAAAGUAAACGGGCCAAUCAAACAAGGAAUUUGUGCUGCAUUUCGACAACAACAAAAAACUAAUACACCAUUAAUGAUGAGAACUGAUCAAACAUUAACAUCAUUAAAUCGAGUGGAAAUUUGGUUGAACCGGCCAAAACCAUCAUUGAUACCAUUUAAAAUGAAAAAUGAUGAAAAUUCUGAACCAAAUUAUAUGAGUAAAUCAAACAUUGUAAUCAUUAUAAGUAUCAUUUAUUUAACAAUUGUUUUCAUUUGUGUUGCAAUUUAUCUAUGGAAAAUUGAUAAACGAUAUCGUUUGCUGAAAUUUCAAGGUGAAACACCAUUUUUUCAUAAAAAUCAAAUGAAAAUUGAAAAAAGUUAUAUGUAAAUGCUCAAAAUAAAAAAAAGAAAUUUUAAUUUUUUAAAAUUAAUUAAAAUG